AUGAACACCAAGUGUACAUUGGAGAGCAAACUCAACUGCCGUGAAAACUACAAGCUUUGGGUUAUGAAACUUGCUGUGAUUUUAUUGUCCGAGGAGCAAGGUGAAAUAUCCUACUACGAAUCGAAGCCUGUCACCGCCGAAAAUGUUGAACGAGCCUGGAAGUCCGACGAGUUAGGAGGGGCUCAACGCUUGACAAUCAAUUCCUUAUCUCCCGCUGUAAUGGCUACCCUGAUUGAGCAGAUGACCCCGAAUAUUAUGUACAAAAUGUUAUUCCAAAACGAUGGACAUGUAGGAGAAGGUGGAAAGAUUCGCAUAGGACAAGAACUUGGCAAAAUUCGACAACGCGACAACGAGAAUGCAUAUCAAUUACUAGCAUACAACAUGAGUAUUAAUCUUUCUGAAGCCGAAAACUCACAUUUCUAUCCGGUGCUCUCCACAAGAAUUACAUCUCUAUGA